AAAGCACAAGUAGCCAUGAAUCCCACAAACACGGUAUACGACGCUAAGAGAUUAAUAGGUCGGCGGUUUGACGACCCCUUGGUGCAACAGGACAUAAAGCACUGGCCCUUCGAUGUGAUAAACGACAAGGGGAAGCCUAAGAUCCGCGUCAAGUACAAAAACGAAAUGAAGACGUUCUACCCUGAAGAGAUUUCCUCCAUGGUGCUGGCAAAGAUGAAGGAGACGGCGGAAACUUACCUGGGGAUGCUGAUUUCGAGGGCCGUCAUCACGGUGCCGGCAUAUUUCAACGAUUCACAAAGACAGGCGACCAAGGAUGCCGGUACCAUAGCGGGAUUGGACGUCCUGAGGAUCAUCAACGAACCAACAGCAGCAGCCAUCGCCUACGGCCUGGACAAGAAGAGCGAUGACGAUCGGUACGUGCUGAUUUUCGACAUGGGCGGUGGCACCUUCGACGUGUCGAUACUGCAGAUUUCUGGUGGGAUAUUCGAGGUUCAAUCCACAGCAGGUGACACUCAUUUGGGUGGAGAAGACAUUGACAACAGAAUGGUACAAUACUUUGCUGAUGAGUUUAAGAAGAAAUAUAAAGUGGACAUCAAGGAUAACAAGAGGGCUCUGAGACGACUGCAGACAGCUUGCGAGAGAGCCAAAAGGACCCUGUCGUCUACGAACCAAACUAGCAUAGAAAUAGAUUCCUUGGCGGAUGGGAAGGAUUUGUACUCUUCCACGACCAGAGCAAAAUUUGAAGAGCUGAACAAUGACAUUUUUAUGAGGACCCUGGAGCCGGUGGAGAAGGCCAUAAAGGACGCAAAAAUUAACAAAAGCAAAAUAGACGAAGUGGUGUUGGUGGGCGGAUCAACGAGGAUCCCGAAAGUCCAGAGCCUUCUGUCGGGCUUGUUCAACGGCAGAGAGCUUAAUAAAUCCAUAAAUCCAGAUGAGGCAGUGGCGUACGGUGCCGCAGUUCAAGCCGCGAUCCUGUCAGGAGACAAAUCGGACGUCGUGAAGGACCUUUUGCUGUUGGACGUGACGCCAUUGUCGCUAGGCAUUGAAACCGCUGGAGGAGUGAUGACAGUCAUUAUAAAGAGGAAUUCCACAAUUCCAAUCAAGCACACGCAAACCUUUUCCACCUUCUCCGAUAACCAACCCGGCGUUUUGAUCCAGGUGUUCGAAGGAGAAAGGUCCCUUACACGCGACAACAACCUCCUGGGCAAAUUCGAACUUUCAGGAUUCCCCCCAGCCCCUAGGGGCAUCCCCCAGAUAGAAGUAACCUUCGACCUGGACGCAAACGGCAUCCUCACCGUCAGCGCGACCGAGAGCGCCACCGGCAAGAAGAGCGACAUACGCAUCAACAACGACAAAGGCAGACUGUCGAAGGACCAGAUCCAAACGAUGAUAGAGGAUGCGGAAAAGUUCAAGGAACAGGACCUGGAGAUGAGAGCCGCGGUGGCAGCCAAGAACGACCUGGAGUCGUACCUGUACCAGAUCAAAAACCUGUUGAACGACCCCAUGGUUUCGUCUAGGAUCAGUGACUCGGACAAAUCCAAGAUAUUGAGAAUGUGUGGAGAGAUCACGGAUUGGAUGAACGGCAAAGAUAUCUACACGGAGAAGGAGUAUGCUUUGAAGAGGCAGCAGCUGGAGAAUCUGUGCAAGCCUGCGGUUUUAAAUAUUUAUGGGAGACGAGGGUCGAGUGGAAAUCAGAAUGACAGGAGGUUUCCCUCUCCCGGAAAUGGUCCAGCCUCCGGUCCAACUAUCGAAGAAGUCGACUGA